AUGCAGCAGCAUUGCAAGGAUUCGCCUAAUAUGUGGGUUUUUUCGAUUUUUUGAAAAAUUUUGAUCUUAAGCUUGGAAAUUCCGUUAAAAUCUUGUACAUAAUCGUGGAAAAAAAGCUGUUUUAUUUCAUUUUUUGAUUUUUUGAAAAAGUUACCUUGAAAAAAGCCGAAAUUUCCAUGAAAAUUUGCUCAUUUCUUGGAUUUUAUCGUACUAUAUUAGUUCCAGAAGUCCAAAUUCAGUAAAAAUCAUGAUUUUCAGGAGAAAAGUGGUCCUUCAAGGGGCGCCAAGUCACAUGGAACGUGUCGGUCGGAUUCUUCUCGCCCAGCGGAAAGAUGCCGAUUUUAGGUGGUUUUCCUGUUUCAAAAUGGGGUUUUUAUGCAUUUUUCAAUGAUAAAAGGCUUUUGAAGAAAUUUUUUGACCCGGAAACUUCAGAAAACUCAGCCAUAGUGGUCCUUAUAGGGGCACUUGGAGGGACCCCUCUAGGGAUCACUAAGCUUGAAAAAGUGGCCACUCUAGGGGGCACGCUAGUCGUCUCUAUACUUCACUUUAAAAUCUGGGAAAUCACUAUAGGGACCACUUAAGUCUUAGGGCUUAGACUCUGAAUCCCUAAAGGGACCACUUGAAUUUCACCCCUCUAGGGACCACUCUUUUGUGGGACUGUUUUUCCCUCUAGGGCCCACUCUGGCGUUCCGAAGAAUCUUCAUAUUCUGUAAACCUUUUCAAAAAUUCAUUUUCUCACUUUUCUACUAAUAAAGCUAUCGUGGUUGUACUGUAACGUGAAGCUACAGUAACCCUACAGUAGACCCAGAAUACUGUAACCUUGAAUUACAGUGCCUGCGACUUGAGAAUCGAGCUCGACGGCGGCUUCGAACUCGUCCAUUCGGCCGUCAUUGGUGCCCAUUCGGCCAGAUUUUCCUCGGUUUUGAUAGUUACAGUACCUCGAGACCGUAACCUGGAGUACUGUAGAUCUUCUCGCACACUCGGCCACCGUACGCUCCCUACGAUAUGACGAAUUUCAGCCCGAGAAGCGCCCAGAAGGUCAUCGAUUGGAUGUACUCGGGAGAGGUAAAGAGAUGGGUAUUUAGAAAAAACGCCCUUAAGUGCCCGUUAGAACCCUUGAGUGCCCAUAAGCGCCCUUAAGCGCCCUAAGUGCCCAAUAGCGCCCUCAAGUACCCGUUAGAAGCCUUAAAUGCCCUGCAUAACUUUGUAAUGCCCGUCAGCACCUUUAAACGCCCGUCAGCGCCCUUAAGUGCCCGUCGGAACCCUCAAGUGCCCGUAAAAACCCUUAAGUGCCCGGAAGCGCCCUCAAGUGCCCGUGAGCCUCCUUAAGUGCCCGAAAACGCCCUUGAGUGCCCGUCAGAACCCUAAAUUGCGCGUCAGAACCCUUAAGUGCCCGUCAGCACCCCUGAGUGCCCGUCAGAACCCUAAAUUGCCCGUCAGAACCCUUAAGUGCCCGUCAGCACCCCUGAGUGGUCGUCAGAACCCUAAAGUGCCCGUCAGAACCCUUAAGUGCCCGUCAGCACCCUUAAUUGCCCGUCAGCGCCCUUAAGUACCCGUUAGAGCCCUUAAGUGCCCGUUAGCACCCUUGAAUGCCCGGAAGCGCCCUCAAGUGCCUAUCAGCACCUUUAAAUGCCCAUCAAAACUCUUGGGUGCCCGUCAGCGCCCUUUAGUGCCUGUCAAAACCUCAAAGUGCCCGUCAGAAACCCUAAGUGCCCGUCAGCAUCUUGAGUGCCCGUCAGUACCCUGUAAAGCCCGUAAGUACCCUUGAGUGCCCGUCAGCGCCCUUAAGUGCCCUUCAGCACUCUUAAGUGCCCGUCAGAACCCUUGGAUGCUCAUAAGCGCCCUCAAGUGCCCGAAAGCGGCUUUAAAUACCCGUCAGAAGCCCUAAGUGCCCUUCACAACUUUGUAGUGCCCGUCAGAACCCUUGAGUGCCCGUCGGAACCUUCAAGCGCCCGUUAGAGCCCUUAAGUGCCCGUCAGCGCCCUUGAGUGCCCGUUAAAAACCCUUGGGUGUCCUUCAGCAUCCUUGAAUGCCCGUUAGAGCUUGAGUUAAAAAUAACGGAUCUUUCAGAUGCAACUCAACGCCGAGACUCUCCGUGACGACCUUCUGGUGGCAGCUCACCUGAGAGCCUCAUUUCUGCUUCGCCAAAUCGAGCAUCACCUGAAGAAGCUGGCCGACGUCGGUCACGUCAUCUUUGCCCUCAACAUUGCCUCUACGGAAGGCGCCAUGGUUCAGAAGGAAUCCUGGGAGAAGAAAAUGAAGAUCUUCAGGUGACCGAAGAGACGAUGGCUCAUCUGAUGCUGGCUCUGCACGAUUCGCUGGAGACGACUUCGUUGACCCAACUCAAGCCGGCCGCCGCUCGGGCCAUCGCCACCAACUCGCUCCUGCCGGCCUGCAAGAAGACGUCACUGAUCAACGCCCUGGUCGGCUGGAGCCGUGGACAGAGGCCCGACGUCGUCCAAGACGUCUUCAGUCGGGUAGUCAUCCGUGACGUCAAGAUGGACGACGUGGCGAGGUUGAGACGCGGAUUGGUUCGGGUGAGGAGUUUAGUGGGCACUUUAGGGGUUUGACGUUUUAGGGGCCACUUAAGUGGCAAAAAAUGAUGGCCUCUUUAGUCUAAAGACUUUAGAAGUCUGAGAGGUACUACUAGAGCCCUAAAACCACUAUAGCAGUUACUUUGACGCGUAGUGGUUUCUUAAGAGGCAGUUUUAGUGAUCACUUUAGUGUUUUUGAGAAUUUUUUUGAAAUAAAAAAAGAGCUUUUUUUCGGAAAUUCAUGCAGGUUUUGGUACUUACAGGAAAUCCUAAAUUUUUUUAUUCAUUUAUUUCAGGUUCUGCUCGAUCCCCACAACACUGGACGACCUGUGGUUGGUUUUGACCGCGAAAAUAAGGUCUUUUUUUCUGUAAAAUUCGAAGGUUUUUUUGAGAAUUUGCCAUGAAAAUGAGACGUUGAGGAAUUUCUGAAAUGAAAAAAAUGAGGAAUUUCGAAGAAUUGCAUGUUUUUUUGGAGAUUUUUUUGAGAAACAUUUGAGAUUUUUUUCAAAAUUUUUUUCUUGAAACUGAGAGUUUUUUUCGAAGAACUUGAAGUUUCUUGACAAAUUUUUUUCUUGCGAGAUCAAGAUAUUUUUUUGAAAAAAAUUCAGUUUUGAGCAAUUUCAACCUGAAAUUAUUCAAAAAAAUCAACAGGUUAGAAAAAAAUUUUUUUGCAAAUUAGAAUUUUUUUCGCUAAGAAAUGGGAAAAAAAUUUAAAAAGUUGAAAAAAAUUGGAAAAGCGUAGUUUUUUUCACCCUUUGACCAGUGAAAAAAAUGAUGUAAAAAUUUCUGAUUUUUGUGAUUUUUUCUUUUUUGAGUUGAUUUAGAGGCCAAAAUUUGAACUUUCAACACUUAAACCCAAUUUUUUUCCGAGUUUCAGCUCACCCUUCACAUUGAGAAUCCACAAGAAGCCGAUGAGAAUAAGUUUGUUUUGAAAUUGUGAUUUUUUGUGCUUUUUUCGGAGCGAAAUGAGCCAAAAAAUGUCAUUUUUUAAUCCGUUCAGAGCAUUUUUCGUUGUGAAUUUAAAAUUUUUUCCAAACAUUUUUUUUUUGAUUUGAGAAAAAUCUAGCUCAUUUUAACCUUCAACUUCACUCAAGAAUAUUUGCUCCCUCAAAAACCCAAAUUAAUCAUGAGUUCCAGGGUUGAACCGACGGCUAGCCCUUCAGAGGUGAAUUUUUUUGAUUUUUUUAAAAAUUUUUUUCAAAAAGUUAUUUUUUUCAGUCCUCAUCCGACAGCAAUACUGAGCUACUGAAGGAAGAUUCGUCGAGGUAUUUUUUUUUUUGAUAAAUUUUAAUUAAGAAGGCCAGAGUGGUCCCUAGAGGGGCCUUUGAAAAUUUCCCUCUAGGGACCACUUCACCUUCCCCUAUAGGGAACACUAGACCUUGCAGAAGUGGCCACUCUAGGGGAGCAUGCUAGUGGUUCUAUACGUCUUUUUAACUGUCCUCAAGAAAAAAUAAAAUAUCCCUAUAGGGACCACUCAAGCGCCGCUAUGAGACGUACCCUAAACCCCUAUAGGAACCACUUGAAUUUUACCCCUUCAGGGUGCACCUUUUUGACCCUAUAGAGGCUGUUUAUCUCCCUCACUCCUCUAGGGACCACUCUGGCGUUUUUCAGUGCGCUCUAAGGAACCGUCUCUUUUAUUGGUUAGCCACGCCCCCUUUUCCACAGAUUUUCGCGGCUCAAACAGUUGAAAUUUUGGUACACUUUGAAUAUUAUGGCAAAUAUUCUCAUGACUUCAAAAUGAGUAUUUUUGGAUUUUAGAUUUUAUCGAUUUUAUUGAUUUUUUUCUGAAAUUUCAGAGCUUCGACCCCGACCUCCACGGCUUCGUCUUCUUCGGAAGUCCGGUGAGAAUUUUAAUGUCUGAAACUCUCUCAUGUUUACAUGCUAUUUCCACUCCUGUGAGAGAGAAGAGGGCGCAGACACGUCAGACAUUUUUCAGGCCCACCCCACCGACCCGGGUUCAAAUCGAUGUCGGCUCAAGGCAGCCCAAAACUCGACAUGGAGGGCCCUGGUCAGUAACUUCAGAGUGGUCCCUAAAGGGGUUGGGAGAAAAACAGCCCUUAUUUGGGGCAAUGAAGGGGUCCCUAGAGGGCUUAGUCCCUAUAGGGGUUGAAAUCUGACGCCUAAGGCCUGAGUGGCCCCUUUAGUGGUCUUGAAAGAUGUAUAGGAACUACACCCCUAGAGUGACCACUUUAAAAAACUUUAAUUUCCCUUCAGGAGAGGUAAGGGCUCUAAAAUUGCUAUAGGGACCACUAAAGGGCCUCAAGGUUGCUUUAGGGACCACUCUGGCCUUUUUUUGAGAAAAUACCUUUUUUCUCCCGAUUUUUGUUUUUCUUCAACAGUUUUCCAUUAGAGAAAUUAUUGAUCAAGGAUUUUUUUGGUGAAAUUUGGAUUACGGUGAGCAUUUUUGUGCACACACAUACUUUGUAUGUUUUGGCGCGAGUUUAAAAAAACGGAGGAUAAGUGGUCCCUCUAGGGACCCCUCGGAUUUAAAUUUUGAAAAAAAGCCGCGACGCGACCGCAAACGCAUCUGGAACCAUUCCAAAAAAUUUUCAAAAAAAAAUUUUCCAGCCCCUACACCCGUAGUGAAGUGGAGCUGAUCAACGGCAUGCCGAAUCCUUUCGAGUUUGCUCAAAUUUUCAAUUUAAUCGAUAAUUUUUUGUUUUUGCAGCUCGACCUCGGACCUCUCGUCACGGUAUGACGUCAUUUUUGGCUACUGUAUUCAAAGUUUUACUGGAUUAUUUUUCAGGACCGCUUCUGAUAGCCACACGAAACUGGAAGGUGAAGUAGUCCACCCGCGAGUUGGGCCUCCGAUGUGAUUUUUUGAGAGAGAACCGCGACGCGACCGCAAACGCUCCACUGAGUUUUUCGAAAAAUGGAAAUUUUUUGAUAAUAUUUUCACCGUAUUUCGUUCAGUUUACAGUAGAAACCGCGACGCGACCGCAACGCGUGUGGCUUUUUUUGGGUCCGAGAUUAAAUUUUUUCAAUUUUUUUUGAUACUUACAUAGGCAAAGUCGGAAAGGUUGGAAAAGGCUCCAUAGAAAUUUUCCUUAUAGGAUGGAGAAGGCUCCCUUUUUGCACCCUUUUUGCAGCCUUUUGGAAGCCUUUUUGCUGCCUUUUUGCACCCUUUUUGCAGCCUUUUUGCAGCCUUUUUGCACACUUUUUGCACCCUUUUUGCAGCCUUUUUGCAGCCUUUUUGCACACUUUUUGCACCCUGUUUGCUGCCUUUUUGCUGCCUUUUUGCUGCCUUUUUGCAGCCUUUUUGCGACCUUUUUUCAGCCUUUUGGAAGCCUUUUUGCUGCCUUUUUGCACCCUUUUUGCAGCCUUUUUGCAGCCUUUUUGCACACUUUUUGCACCCUUUUUGCAGCCGUUUUGCAGCCUUUUUGCUGCCUUUUUGCAGCCUUUUUGCAGCCUUUUUGCACCCUGUUUGCUGCCUUUUUGCAGCCUUUUUGCUGCCUUUUUGCAGCCUUUUUGCGACCUUUUUGCAGCCUUUUUUCACCCUUUUUGCUGCCUUUUUGUUGCCUGGAAAAAAGCUGCUGUAGUGAACAGAAAACUGGUCCCUAGAGGGCUAAAACUUGGGUGGUCACUAUAGUGAUAUUUGCCUCCUCUAGGGACCACUCUGGCGUUACAAAUUUAAGAAAUGUGUUCUAGCGAUGAUAACUGUUUCAAGAGUUUUAUUUAUACUUUUGUAAGUUUUCUCAGAUUUACUCAUUUCGUCAAACACUUCAGUUAGUAGUGUAUCCAAAUAUUUUUCAAAUUUCAUUUUUUUUUUUUUGAUUUGUUUUCAAUUCCAGAAGAUUCUCGAAAAGCGAGGUCAGCAUGAUCCGAGCCAUUCCCGAUCCGUUUGGGUUAAUUUUUUUUUUCAAUAUUGUUUCAAAGUUUUUGUAAAUUUUAGCCCUGACCCAACUAGAAGCCCGAGUGCUCCGCCCAACCGCCCGGAAAGUCCCAAUCGUGAGAAACCACGAGUUUUUGUGAGGUUGGUUGGAAAAUGCACGGAAGAGCUCAUUAAGUCAGGAAAAUGCGCUCUAGUGAAAACUUUGGCAAAAAAGAGGCGUGGCCAGCCAAUCACUGACUUUUCCGCUGGAGCGCACUUUCGUUGAAAUUUAUUGAUUUUUUCUCGAGUUUUCGUGAAGUUUGUGAAAAAAAGCCAGCAAGUGAAGUCAGCAAGUUUGCUCCAGUGAACACUUUGGCGAAAAAGGGGCGUGGCCAGCCAAUCAGGGCUUUUGUUCGCUGGAGCGCGUUUUCGUCGAAACUUAUCGAUUUUUUCUCGAGUUUUUGUCAAGAUUUUUAUAAAAUAACUGGGAACGGUUUAUUCAAUUCAGCAAGUGCGCUCCACUGAACACUUUCGCAAACAAGGGGCGUGGUCAGCCAAUUAGAGCCUUUGUUCGCUGGAGCGCGCUUUCGUUGAAACCUAUCGAUUUUUUCUUGAGUUUUCGUGAAGUUUGUGAAAAAAGCCAGCAAGUGAAGUCAGCAAGUGCGCUCCCAUGAACACUUUGGCAAAAAGGGGCGUGUCCGGCCAAUCAGAGCCUUUGUCCGCUGGAGCGCGUUUCCAUUGUGUUUUAUUGAUUUUCUGCGUUUUUUCAGGGCUCCUGACGGCUUCCAACAAUAUCAUAGCGUUGGUUUGGGUCCUAAUCGGUCAGUUUUUGAGAAAAAUCCAUUGGUCGCAUUUGGAAUGGCUCGAAGGGGCGGGGUUUAGAUCAAACUCUCCUUGAAACAUAUGAGGGGCCGUUUACCUCCCCUAUAGAGGCCCUGAAGCUUUCAAAAGUGGCCACUCUAAUUUGUCUUUUUAGUUUUGAAUAUUUAAAAAAAUUAAAACAAAACCCUGUAGGGAUCACUUGAGCUUGAGGGGAUUUAGGGUCAGAUUUUAAACCCCUGUAGGGACGACUCUGGCGUACCUAUUUGCCGAUUGCAGUUACCUGUACACCCAAAGCGAAGCCGAGGACAUUCAAGCCAUUCCGGACGUUUUUUCGAGGUUAUUGAUUUUUCUCGAUUAUCGAUUGAUUUAUUGAUUUUUUUUUUUAGUGGUUCCCGGCCCACUAGCCCCUGCGUUUCCUCCGUCGAAUCCGCCUACGCAAACGCCGUGAAACCUUCCGGAUUCGUCACGAUGCCUUAUAAUUGUAUUAUUGCGUCCAUUUUUGUACAUAGUCCAUUCACCCCUAGCUUGAGGAAAUAGUGCGCGGAAACUAGAGAUUUAGACAAAUUUGUCGCUUUUCUGUCCUCCUAACCUAGCUUAUUUCUAGAAGGGUUUCCAAGCCAAAAAUUCCGAUCAUAAAUCCGAAAGUGGGCGUGGCUAGCAAAUAGUAAAAGUAGUUCGCUGGAGCGCACUCUCCUCAUGAUUUUUCAAGGCUCAAAAUUCUAAAAAUUUGAAAAUUUUCAGAUCGUCCUGACUUUAUCAUCACCUCGUCGCAAAUGAGCCCCGGGUAAUUUUUUAGAAUAUUUAGUGACGUCAUCACCGGAAUGAUGACGUCAUUUUCAAAAGGAUGACGUCAUUUUGUUCAGGCCAAGAACGAAUCAUCACGGCUUACACAAGACGGCUUCAGAAGUCCUUGAACUCGAGAAAAUCCCCCCAAUGUUGGUUUUUUUUUCAAGAUUCACUUACUUUUGCUCAUUUUACCUCAUUCUAGCAAUCGAUAACCGAUUUAGUCACAUCUAUGGUUUCAAAUCCGUAUCGCUCAUGUUAUAUCAUUCUAGCGACUAAUUACUAGUUCAAGCAGUCUGAAGAUUUUUCCAAGAGUCCUUGUCAUAUUGCUCAUGAUACCUCAUUCUAGCAAUUGACCUCCAAGCAGUCCUCGGGUUUUUUUUUUCAAGUUUAACAGAAAACGUUACGUAUUGCUCAUGUUACCUCAUUCUAGCAACUAAUUACCGAUUUCAGCAGUCAAACGCCCACGCGCCCAAAUCGACAGGACUCUCCGAAAGCAGGUAAAUUUUAUUAAAAAUCAAAAAGAUGACGUCAUUGAAAAUCCUAAUUUGGUGACGUCAUGAAUGAAAAUUCCAGUUUUCGUGACGUCAUAGAGCCCGAAGUUGAUCAAAAAUGAAGUCAAUUUGUUUCCUAAUGAUCAAUAUGUCAUCAAAACCGUUUUUCAAACUGAUGACGUCAUUUUUGAUCAUACAGAAUGGUUAGAAGCUGUACAGAAUAUCAUGACGUCACUAUAUUAAAACGGAAAUUGAGCUUCCUGUUUGAAAAAAUGUAGAAUAGAAACUUUUGCUUUUUCUAUGACGUCAUUAGGGCGAGCCUGGAACGCGGCUUAAUGACGUCAUAAAUCCCAAAAUCUUUCCUUUUUCAGCCAAAAUGUCGGUUCGCCUGUACCCCGUUUGA